GCAAAAUAUAGUAAAAUGUAACUGUAAGAAGUUGGGUACCUAGUACAUAACGAACGAGAGUGACGAUGGGCGCUACUACUACAGUCAUGAGAUGCUCUCCCGGCAACGCUUUCUUCAGAGCUCUCAAACCCAUUUCUCGAAAUUCCAAUCUUCCCAAUUCACUUCCACUCUCUUCAUCUUCAACCCCAAUCAACAAAGGAACUGGAUCAAGGUCUGGUAGUGGUGGAAGGGCAUAUGAUGCAUUGCUGUUGGAUGCUGGAGGUACUCUCUUGCAAUUGGCAAAACCUGUUGAAGAGACUUAUGCUACUAUUGGAUCCAAAUAUGGUUUGACUGUAAAUCCAGCUGAGAUAAAGCAAGGAUUUAAGAGAGCAUUUACUGCCAAAUGGCCUGAAAAACUACGUUACCAGGGUGAUGGGAGGCCAUUUUGGAAAUUUGUAGUUUCUGAAGCCACUGGUUGUGGAGACGAAGACUUUUUUGAAGAAGUUUAUGAGUACUAUGCAAAAGGCGAUGCAUGGCAUCUUCCCAAUGGAGCUUUUGAAACAAUGACUCUUCUCAAGGAUGCUGGAGUUCUUGCUAACGUGACAAGCAGUGACACAGUUAAGAUGGCUGUUGUAUCCAAUUUCGACUCUCGCUUAAGGAAGCUAUUGAAGGAUCUUAAUGUUUUAAAUUUAUUUGAUGCUGUCAUUAUAUCAUCAGAGGUUGGAUAUGAAAAACCAGACCCAAGAAUAUUUCAAGCUGCUUUAGAUCAAGUAAAUGUAGAGGCUUGCAAAGCCUUACACAUCGGAGAUGAUCUAAAGGCAGAUAAAUUGGGGGCCAACGCUGUAGGCAUUGAUUGCUGGUUAUUGGGUAUUGAUGUGAAGACAUUCUCUGAGAUACAAAUCCGCAUUCUCGACCCAGAGGCAUAAUUUUACUUGUGGCUGUGAGCAUACAAAGCAAUCUCAGUUUUUUGUGCUGACAUUGUGAAUGUUGAGAUGAAAAGUGAAAGCAAUAAUCAAGAGUGUAUGUUAUCUGCAAUAUUUUAUUACCAUACUUUGUAAAUAUUUUUGACAGAUCUGUGUAACCUAUGCCUCAGAUAUGGCAUUGAUUCAAACUUCCUUUUAUAUUCUCACAAGUUAUGUCAGAGAAAGGAGGAUAGACUAAAAUGAAGGAACUCCCUUGACAAUGAGAGAUUUUUAUGUAUCGGUACGUACUAUAUUUAAUCUAAUAAAAGUUUAACUAAAUUAUAUUAA